AUGACGAUGCCACACGUAGGGGCCGUGUUUGCAGCAAUAACAGGACUGAUGGCCAUCCUGCUGCACUCCUCCAUUCACAAGAUAGAGGAAGGACACCUCGCUGUGUACUACAGGGGCGGGGCGUUGUUGACUUCCCCGAACGGUCCUGGAUUUCACAUCAUGCUGCCUUUCAUUACCACCUACAGAUCAGUGCAGACAACUCUCCAAACUGAUGAGAUCAAGAAUGUGCCUUGUGGAACCAGUGGUGGUGUGAUGAUCUAUUUCGACAGAAUAGAAGUAGUUAACAUGCUGAUCCCUUCAGCAGUGGUGGACACUGUGAGGAACUACACUGCCGAUUAUGACAAAACUCUAAUUUUCAACAAGAUUCAUCAUGAACUCAACCAGUUCUGCAGCGUUCACACACUACAGGAGGUCUACAUAGAGCUGUUUGACAUUAUAGAUGAAAAUCUGAAGACUGCUUUGCAGAAAGAUCUCAAUGCGAUGGCACCUGGACUCACAAUACAGGCUGUCCGGGUUACCAAGCCAAAGAUCCCUGAGUCGAUCAGAAGGAACUUUGAACUCAUGGAAGCAGAAAAGACUCGUCUGAUGGUAACAGCUCAGACUCAGAAGGUGGUGGAAAAGGAAGCAGAGACUGAAAGGAAGAAGGCAAUUAUUGAGGCUCAGAAAGUGGCUCUAGUAGCAGAGAUCCACUUCCAGCAGAAAAUAAUGGAGAAAGAGACGGAGAAGAGGAUCUCUGAAAUAGAGGAUGCUGCUUUCCUGGCCAGGGAGAAGGGCAAAGCUGACGCUGAGUAUUACACUGCUGCCAAGUUCGCUGAAGCAAACAUGAUGAAGUUAACCCCGGAGUACCUGGAGCUGAUGAAGUUCCAAUCCAUAGCAGCUAACAGUAAGAUCUACUUUGGCCAGGACAUCCCGAACAUGUUUGUAGAAGGAGCCAACAGUGUCCCUAAGUCCGCUGAAGGAGACAGGAGUGCAGAAGGGCAGUGACUCCACGGGCACAGGACAGGAGAACCUGAUGAGGACUUUGUCUUGUCUGUGGGAUGGAGAGCACUAAACUGAAGUUGACGGGUG